AUGAGUUAUCUUAUGAUCUUUGACCCAAAAGGGCCCAAGCAAGCAUCAGUUGAUGGUUUUGGUAACCCAGUCUACCAAAUUUGGAAGAUUCAUGAUAAAUGGCAUAGGGAAGAUGGAUCAUUACUACACGAAGUCCAACUUUUGGAAGAAAUCAAAGGUAAGAAUGAAAUCUAUCACAUUGAAGAAGAAGAAAUGAAGAAUAAGUAUGGAGAAAUGGUUGAGAAAUGGGAAGCCUGGUAUGGUAUGGAUUGGAAAAAGAGGUAUGGUGAGUUGGGGCAUAUUUGGAAUCCAAAAGAUGAGAGAUCAGUAUCAACUCCAAAGAGAAGAUUUGAUGAUACCCCUAGUAAGUCAAGAUCGAUUGAGAAGAAAUCGAGAAGUGGGAAAUCUUCCAUUUCAGGUGGGAAUGAUUUGAUUAUGAGUAACUCUCCAAUUACUGAUGAUGUUCAUUCAAGGUCAGGAGAUAGGUAUACUUCAAUGCCGACAUUAUUUUCACCAGCAUCAAGAAGUGAAAAUUCUCCUAUUCCAGGCGAUCUUGAUUCAGGUGUGAGUAGUCCUUCACGGGCUAACAUUUCUCGUCCUAAUCAGGGUAAUGCAUAUGCUUUACUGCCUCCACCAUUAUUAUUCCCAGCAUCUUCCCAAUCUUCAAGAAGAUUGGCUGCAAACCAACAAGGUAAUGUAGGGUUAUCUAGUGGCUUUUCUAUCCCUUCUAGAUUUAUAAGACGAUUAGUCUCGGGAUCUUCAGAAUCCGGCGAACAAUCUGCGAGAGGUUUGACUUCGAAAACUGAUUAUCUUGAAUCUCCAUCUACAUCUAGACAAUCUGCGAGAAGGAUACCAACCCUGUGGUGGCAAAGUUAA